AUGGCGACGAGUGUAUGCUCGCGAGCGUCGACGACGACACCGUCGUCAUCGUGUGCACCGUCGUCGCUCUCAACGACGAGGCGAAACAACGGGAGGAGGAGAAUUUGCGACGAGAGGAAUCAAAAUCGUCUCUCGCUGCGACGACCACGGGGACAAAAACGCUGCUUUUUCUCGCGCGAUGCAAAAUCAGCGGCAACGACCCCAACGGGGAGCGAAGAUGAAGUCGAGCGUACCAUCGACGCGGACUCGAUCGCCGCGCGAGUGUUUCACGAGAAGAAGAAGAAGAACGACGAAAACAACGACAGCAUCCACGUAAAAGAAGGCACCGUGUGCGCGUUAGGCGCACGUGGAAGAUUUCACAUCAAAUACGCGAAGAACAAAUACAAGGAACGCGUUGACUUCACGGACAGCUCUUUCAAGACUCUUCUGGGCGGGUUUAACGAAGAGGAGGAAACGUCGACCAAUGGUCAACAGUACUACUCGUACGAAUCGGAACUCUCCGGAACGAUACGGAAAAACCAUUUAGAUGGGUGCGAGAAGAACGUUUUGAACACGUUCGUGGCGAGGACCGGGCAAUGGGCGACGGAAAAUGGGGUGAAUAAAAUGUUAAGAGGGAAAGUGGUGGGCGUGUGCGAGACGUCGGCGGCGGACGCGGUGGCGAGGUAUUCGAUGAAACCGCCUCCUCUUACUUGGACGAAGAAGAAGGAAAAGAAGAAGAAGGAAAAGAGAAAGAACGAUGACGACGACGUAAACGAGGACGUGAUGAUAUUGCCUCCGAACAUGCCGAAAGGGAAGACGAGGACGGCUGUCGUCGCGCUCGCGUUUGCGAUCAAACCGAAAAUUGCAAUGCGGGCGUUUGUAAACUUGGACACUUUUACCGUCUGGCGAGCGGAAUUGAUUACGCCGGAAGGGGUGGAGUUGUGGCGAUUUAGCAGUGGUGAAGGUGAGGGAGAAGUCGCGCACAGAGAACACGCCGCAGGACACGUGACCGUGUACACGACGACAGAAGAGAGAUGUGUGAGGAGUAGCGACGACGACGACGACUCUUUCGAGGCGCCAUAUUACGGAACUUUAAAAAGCGAAACUCAGACUACAACUUCAAAAACAACUUCAAUCGACGUCAUGAGGUGCGAGGGUGGCCAUUUUCUCGCCGAAACCAGUCGAGGGUAUUUCUUUAUCGAUUUUUCAUCGCACGUGUCUGGUAUCGAUAAGACCGCCGCGGCUUUGAGCGCAAACGAAGAUUUGAAGAUUUGUGGAUACACUUCUUCUUUGGGCGUCGGCGGCGCACCAAUACGAGGGAACAUUAGAAUCGGCGAUUUCGAUGCGUUCGGGAGCACGCAGAAGAACGUUGCGUUUUGGGAGCAAAGCUUAGACGCCGCGGCGAGAUUACCCGGGACGUUGAUGUCCCCUCCGGCCGGGUCGUUAGGCUUGGACGCGAUUCGCGAUACCAUUAUUCGUUUGAACGUACCAAAACGCGUGCCAGGGUCCAGGAAGAACCCGAAAGUAACCUUAGAUGCGUUUGCGAGCGAAGAAGAUUUGCUGGCAGCGAGUAGUAGUAAAAAUAGCGACGACGAUUUCGUGUUGCCGUGGUCGAAAUUGACGUUCAUCGAUGGGGCGCCGUACGUCGAGUGCUUCUUAAAUCCAGACGAUUCCAUGGUGAAAACGGUAAACUCGAAGAGUGGGCUGUAUAAGCUCUCGUUAGCCGUCGGUGGCGUUGGAGUGAUCUUAUCCAAUCGCGUGGCCACUGAACUGGAUCUCAUCGAGCAAAAACAAGGAUUGUCUCCCGGCGGCAUUCUCAGCGGGGCCGGCGAAGAUACGGGAAGAUUAGCGAGAGUAUCGAACGAAACGUUUACGAUUCGAGCGGAUAGCUUUAGAAUAGGACGGUUUGGUUUCAAACACGAAACCGUGCGCGCUUUGACGCAUUUGGACGGCGAUCCGCCUGAUUUGGGAUUGUCCUGCCACGCCGACGGCAUCGUAUGCGCAGACUUGUUUCGCGGGUGUUGCCUGUAUAUCGACGCGAAGAAUGAGCGCAUGGCGGUCACUUCGGCGAUACAGUAG